GUAGGUGCCUGGAGCGGGGUGAGGGGGCUGCCGGGUGCCGCGACGGCUGGGGACAGUGCGCGGAUCGGUUGUGGUCGCUGGCGCUCCAAGGUUCGGGCGGAGCGCUCGUUGGAUACUGCCUUGCUGGCUGAAGGAUGACUACAGAGGCCGCAGGUCGGGGGCCGUGAAGAUGGCUCUCGGGCAGGCGCUCUGGCUGUGUACGAUCUUCCUGGUCCUGCCCGCCGGUAGCUGGGCCAGCGGUGGUCCGGAGCUAUGCGUGGUGACCCGGCUGGCGUCGCCGGACUUCUCGGCCGAGUACCACCAGCCGGUGCCGGCGUUCGGCUGCUUCAGCCGCUGCGUUACGGCCGACGGCCGCGAGGUGCACGCCAUGCGCCCGUCCACCAAGUACAGCAGCCGCGACACGCUGCCGCCCCAGGAUCGGCCGAAGCUGGUGCUGCGGGUUCUGCCGCCGCCCGAGGGCACCCCCGUCAGCAGGGAUAUCGUGCUGAUCCUGGACGCUUCGUCGUCGGUUGACUGGACUGUCCUGGGUAACGGCGCCUUCGACAACGCUACCGCCUUCCAGAUAGUGCUGACCAAGCUGUCGGCGGUGGAGCGGACGGACCUGCCGGCCGUGUCGGUGACGCGACAGCCGGCGCGUCCGCGCGCCGCUCUGCUCGACUUCAUCGUCAAGGAGUUCGGUUGCAUCACCUCGUUCACGGACGUGACCGUUGCCGACCUGGUCCGGCUGCAGAUCGGCACUGCGGCGGAGGCGCCGGAAGAGUGCGACGCUCACCACGUGCUGCGGCCCAACGCCGAGCUGACGGCCUAUCAGCGGCGACCGGUGCCGCUGGACGGCUGCUACCACCGCCACCUGGCCGGCAUCGGACAGCGGGACGUGUACGUCAUCGAGGUGGCCGAGACGGACCGCACCUUCAGUGACAGCGACGUCACGAUCCGCCUGUCGCCGUCGGACACCAGGGAGCGGCAGUCGGGUAACGUCACCCUGCUGCUGAAGGCGGCCAUGCCGGUCACUUGGUCGCUGAUGACCGAGAGGUUCUCCGGCGACAUUUUGGUGGUGACCGAGUUUCCCGUGGUGAACGACAGCCUCGACAAGUCUGUGUCACUGAAGGUGAAGUUGACCCGCCUGCCGGACUCGUUCAACGACCUCGUCAUCUUCGCGGUGGGCUACUCGAGCGGGCCGCCGGUGGCGUACAUCCGCUCCCUGGCCGCCCAUCGGCUCAACAUCGGGCUGCACUCGGCGUCAGGUGGUUUCAUGGACCAGGCACGAACCUCAAAAGGUACCCGGAGGGCGUCCAAAAAGAGCUCACCAGGCAGCAAGCGGGACAUGCGACGGCCAGAGGCAACCGGCUGGCGCGCGGGCGCCGCGUCAGGCGUGCUGCGUCGCGCGCUCUCCGUCACCUGCGAGCUGGGCCGGCUCGUGGUGCACUUCGUGCCGUCGGGCGCGCCGCCGGACGACGAGGACUUCGAGGGCUCCGGCUCCGGCCUAGGCCUGGCUGAUCCCUGCACCCACCCCGGCUGGACGUCCCCGGAGGUCACCCUCAACCAGAACCGGCGACAUCAGGAGGAGGUGCUCAGCCCGGACGAUGUGGACUCGUCCGUGUACUCGCUGGAGCUAUUCUCCGACGAGGUCUUUGCCGCUCCUAUUGAGCCAAAUGCGCUGGUUCCUGUUAUGCAUAGCAUAUAUGCACGCGCUACUAUUCGUAUAGCCCCGUACCUGCAGCCCGUUGUGGAGGAGUGUUGGGUCAGCAAGGACAGCGACCCAGACACACCGUACAAGUUCCUGAUCAUCCGCACGGCGUGUCCUGUGGACCGGAGUGUUUCGUUCAUGGACGCCACGCCGCCCGACAGCGACGUCUUCAGCUUCCAGGUGUCGCGCCAAUACCUGGAGCUGGGGCCGUACUACCUGCACUGCCGGCUCGGCGUGUGUGUGCGGCCUAACUACCCGGCCAGUCCACACAUCGCCAAGCGCGGCCUGCGUGUGGUCUGA